AUGCAAUAGACAUAAUUUCUAGGAAAAAGAAUUAAACUUCAAUAAAUUAGUUUGACUGGGAAUUAUGAAUCUCCACCUUUACCAACCCUUCCAAAUAUUCAAGGUUUAUUUUCUCCAAGAUUGGCUCAUCAAAAGGAAACCAUAUAAUCUCCAAGAAAAAAAGUAUAUGCUAAGCCAACUUAGAGUGGUAAGACUAAUGUACCUCUUAUUUCAUAAUCUUCAAGAAAUCUAGAUGGAUUUAACAUUACAUAAUAAUUUUCAAUAUCUCCAUGUAAAAGUUAUAGAACUAGUUUACGUUGUUUAACACCACAUGAAAUAAACUUUAGAAAAAAUCUUGAUCAUAUAUAUAUUGUUAAACAACCUGUUAAUGAUAUUAGCUAACUAAAGAUUAUGUAAAUGAGUAGAUAAAAAGUAAAUAGCGGAUAUAAGGAAGAUGACAUUUAUUUGAAAAAGAAAAAACUAUUACUUGAAGCAUAAAUAGCUUUGGGUGCUACUAGACUCCAUACAUAAUUAGCAUUAUUUGAUUAUCAAUAAAUUAAUUUUUUUGAGGAAAUUCCAUAAAACUGCAAACUUGUAUUUUUAGGUAAUAAAACUAUGAUGGAUUUUUGGGAAAUUUUAUUUGCUUUUCAUAAUUUUGAAUUUUUAAUUGAGAGACAAAAUAAAAUCUUGAAUAUUAUUUAAUAUGUUAAUUCCACAGAUGAGCUUCUUAAAUUCUUAUAAGAUAAAGAAAUAUUUCAAGAAGUAAUAGAAAGCAAUGAUAUUUGUAGUCCUAUGGAAAAUUUAAUUCUUCCAAUAACAGCAAGAUCUAAAUAAUAAUAAUUUUAAAAAUCUAAUACAUCAAAUGAUUUAUAAUUUAAACUUGAUUAAAAUCUCAAAAAAUAAAUGCAUAUCUUAAAAACUGAAGAAAAUGAAGAAAUCUAAAUGAUUAGAAAUAGAUUAGAUGAAAGUCUUAAGGAUUAUAAAAUAGAAGUAAAAUCUGAUGCAAUUUAAGAUCUUUUAGAAAAAUAAGGUUUAAAUAAGAAUAUUAAACAAAACUAAAAAAAAUGUAACUUUAACAUACAUAAAUAGAUUUAAAACUGUCUAAUUUUAAAAGUUAAUGUAGUACAAUAGCGAAAACACAAUCUAAAAAUCAAACUUAUAAAAAUCAAUUUACUAAAUUCCCUCUUUACAUAGCAUAAUCAUAACCAUUAGCAACUUAUUAUAAUAUUCCAAAAUUAAUGGAAAAAACUGGACUUAACAGAAGUGAAAUUCAUGAAAUAUAUUCAAGAUAUAAAGCAUUAUUGAGUUUUGAAUGUACUUAAAUACCAGGAAUGACUAAAGAAAGUAUAAUUUAAUAUUAAUUAAGUGUUACCAAAUGGAAUUAGUAGAGAUUCAUUUGCAGCAGGACUUAAUGAAUUAUCAAUGGCCCCUGCAGGAGUAAUUGAUUAAUUAUUUAAUUUAUUUGCAAUAGAAAACAGCUUAGAUUUUGAAGGAUUUCUUUAGAUUAUUAAUUUAAUAACAGCAAAGAGUAAUGAAAAAAAAAUUGAAUUAAUUUUAAAAGUAAAUAUUGAAUUAAUUAGUUAAUUGAUGAAAAUGGAAAUGGGUUACUCUCUUAUGAAGAAAUAUCAUAAAGAUGUGAAAUGAUGAUGGAUUCUAUAAUGAAAUGUAAUAUUGGAGAACCAUGCACUAAUAAUAUGGUUGAUAUAAUAACUAAAUCUAUUUUUGAUGUAUAAAUGAUUACUAUAAUAAGGCAGUCGAAAUGAAUUAUGAUGAAGAAAUACCAAUAGAAAAACUUAGAUUACUAAUUGAAAGUAGAAGUUAGGCUUCUAAAGCAUUAUUAAUGAUGUGUUGUGGAGAUAUAAAUUAUAUUGAUUGA